AUGGCGAUGCCCCAAUUGAUGACAAUAGGGAAUAGGGUAGCAUCAGACUCAGAUGAGUACCAACCUGAAUCUAAAUGUAGUGAAUAUGAAGAAUUGGUUGACAGUGAGUAUGAUGACAUGUUGUAUGAGAAUUGUGUUGAUCAUGAAGCUGAAUGGACUGGUUUGAAGAGUAACAAGCAAAAAACAACAACAGAAGACAUAAGGCAUUGCUUAGAUCUGAGUGACUUAGAUG